UCCCCCAAAUGUCAGGACGGUACAGAUAUCCCCCAAAUGUCAGGACGGUACAGAUAUCCCCCAAAUGUCAGGACGGUACAGAUAUCCCCCAAAUGUCAGGACGGUACAGAUAUCCCCCAAAUGUCAGGACGGUACAGAUAUCCCCCAAAUGUCAGGAGAGUACAGAUAUCCCCCAAAUGUCAGGAGAGUACAGAUAUCCCCCAAAUGUCAGGAGAGUACAGAUAUCCCCCAAAUGACGGUACGACGUACUUCAUAAGAGGCAUGGCGAGUUUUUUGAAGUUGUAUUUUUUUUUUGUCAUA